GCGUAGUACCUCAACACCCGAACGAGCUUAUCUAAAGAAACUGUUUCGUUUACAUGGUUGCAGAACGACGACUCUCUUCGAACUGUCGCCGGGCAGAGCGCCGCAUUUGCAUCGAGGGAGGAUGCACGCGACAGACCGGGCGUGCCACGAGUAGACCCCGCACUUCGCGAUCCUACCCACCACUCCCAUUUACCUAAGGGCCAAAGAGCUGCAGCCCCGCGCAGGAAUUGUCCAGCUUUUUUGACAGUCAGUCAGGUCCGCGCACCUGCAAUGUCACACGGAUGGAAAGAAUGACAGUUUUGUAGCAAGAAAGCAUUCAUUUAAAGAGCGGCUUUCAUCUACUCGGAAGAAAUAAUUGUCGAUAUUACUUGGGAUAUCUGGAUACUCGUAUACCACCACUUCGUGUUGGUGCAUGGAUUUGAUUAUGCAAAGCCCGGAUGACUUUGUGUUAUUUUCACGUAAAAGUAUGGCUCGCCAGUGUUACGUUUCCUCCAGUAUUCCGUAUAUGGAAAUCUGUACAACGGACUACAUCUUUUAGAAGGUGUUUUCUAUUUCAUCUAAUAAAUGUGUGGAUACUUGUCAAGGACAUCGUAGCGGUGUGCACGAGCUAGAUCGAAGCAUUAGCAUCCGGCACAAACGCGGAUGACUCAGAUCAGUUCAGGAAAACACUUUCUUACGUUUUUUCUAUAGGCCGCUUUUUUAUGUGCGUGUGGAUGUAAGCAAGUAGAGUUCGCGCUACAAAAAAAACCCCACAUUAUAUCAUUAGAGCUGUCUGGAUUUCGGAAAGCACGCAACCUCUUACUGCCAACUCGAUAAGCAUUCCCGCCGUGCGCCCCCGGUAAAGAAGGAUCUCUCGCCGCCUCCGUUUUUCUGAUGGCUCGUGCAGUGUCUCGGACGUAGCUGAAGAAGAGCAAAGUUAAGCGCAGUUACCGAAAGCUCGAGACAAGGUGUCGUUUGUACGCUCAAUUCCAGAGGAGGCAAAACAAGGAGCAGCACCAUGGAGAGAGUGUUCAUGUGCCUGGCCCUGUUCGUGCUGCCCGCCACCGCCAUGCUGUGCCCCAAGCGCUGCACCUGUCAAAACCUGCUGCCAUCCUACACUGUUCUGUGUGCCAAGACGGGCCUGCUCUUCGUGCCGCCCAACAUAGACCGCCAGACCGCCGAACUACGCCUGAUGGACAACUACAUCACCACACUCCGCCACAGGGACUUCGCCAACAUGAGCAGCCUCAUCCACUUGACCCUGUCUCGCAACACCAUCAGUCUGAUCCUGCCCUAUGCCUUCGCUGACCUGCAGGACUUGCAUGCCUUGCACUUGGACGCCAACCGCCUAACCAUGCUGGAUGACACACACUUACAGGGCCUGGUCAACCUGCGUCACCUCAUCCUUGCCAACAACCAGCUGCACAGCAUCUCUGAUGGCGCCUUCCAGGAUUUCCUGGAGACGCUGGAGGACCUGGACCUGUCCUACAACAACCUGGUGGACAUGCCAUGGGACACCAUUGGUCUUCUGGUCAGCGUCAACACCCUCAGCCUGGACCACAACCUCAUCGAGUUUGUACCUGAGGGCAUCUUCUCCAACUUGCACAAGCUAGCAAGGCUGGACAUGACAUCCAACAAGCUCAAGAAGAUCCCGCCUGACCCACUCUUCCUGCGCAUCCCCGUCUAUGCCAAGAUGAAGGGCUCACCGCUGACGGCACUGGUGCUGAGCUUUGGCGGCAACCCGCUGCACUGCAACUGUGAGCUGGUGUGGCUGCGGCGUCUCACGCGUGAGGACGACCUGGAGACGUGCGCCUCACCUAAGGAGCUUGCCGGGAAGUACUUUUGGACCAUUCGUGAGGAGGAGUUUGUGUGCGAGCCACCUAUGAUUACGAGGCACACAUCCAAGAUGUUUGUAAUGGAGGGCCAGGAGGUAAGCUUACGCUGCCGUUCAGUAGGUGACCCUGAGCCCACCACCCACUGGGUCAGCCCAGACGGCAAGCUGAUAAGCAACACAUCACGAACAACCUCAUAUGAGAAUGGCUCACUGGACAUCCUCACCGCCUCGGUGAAGGACUCAGGCGUGUUCACAUGCAUAGCGUCCAAUGCGGCAGGCGAGGCCACGGCACCUGUGGAGCUGGUAGUAAACCCCUCGCCCCAUUACGACCCCAAAAUGGAGCCUGAACCAGGCCCCUCAGACAUGCCCACCUCCAUCAAGUCGAACAGCAGUGGUGGUCAGCCACGGACAGAGCACCGUGUCAGCGUUUCUGAGAUUACAGCAACGUCAGCCACUAUCCGCUGGCCUUCACAAAGCCAUAUCCCUGGUAUUCGUAUGUACCAGAUCCAGUACAACAGUUCUACAGAUGAUAUCCUCAUUUAUAGGAUGAUUCCCGCCUCCCACAAGCUGUUCCAGCUGAACGACCUAGCAUCGUCGCGCGACUAUGAGCUGUGCGUGCUGGCCGUGUAUGACGACGGCAUCACGGCACUCACAGCCACCCGUCUGGUGGGCUGCGUUGCGUUCAGCACUGAGCGCGACUUCCACCACUGCCGAUCGCUCCAUGACCAGUUCCUGGGUGGCACUAUGAUCAUCGUUAUUGGCGGCAUCAUUGUGGCGUCCGUGCUCGUCUUCAUCUUCAUCCUGCUGAUGAAGUACAAGCUUCACAGCCAGCAUUACAAGCAGAAGGCCGCCCGCGUCAGCAACGUCUGCUCACAGACCAACGGUAGCCAGCAGGGGGCAGCCCUGGUGGUGGGCCCCCCUCCCCGCUCCUCCUCCUGCUCGGGCGCUGCCAGCAAGCCCUCAGCCCCACUGAGCCAGGAGAGACCAGAGGGCUACGCAGCCCAGGAGAGGGGUUAUGGUACCCUGAAAGGCACCACAGUGGUGGACUUGAAUCCCGACUAUGGGAAGUCAGUGAGAGAGGAGGAUUCUAUAUCGCAAUAACACAGGGUCAAGCUCUGCUACACCACCCAACCAACUCUCCUCUUCUGUAUGGUUUUUGUUUUUUGUUGUUGUUUUUUUUGUUUGUUUGUUUCUGGUGCUGGGGUCUCUCUGCCUUACUGAAGAUUACCUCCUGUCCAAGGCAAACACAAGCUGGAGGCUAAUAAGAAUUGCCUGGGAUUGGAGCCAGUAUACUACUGGGAGAAGAAGUGGGUGGAAGCCAGUAACAACUGUUUUCGGUCCCUUAUGCAAGCUCCUACACAAACAAUGGACAUUAAUGACCCUGUUUUGGAGCAUUUGGGCAAGAGUUUGUCCCAACCACAGGCCAUCAUUCCUAGAGAAAAGAAUAAGAAAGAAAAAAAAAAAUUACCCUCAUUGGACUUGUGUGGCUAUUCUUUCAUGAACCUAUGGAAACUGAAUAAUUAUCGAGACUGAGUUUCAAUAUUCAGUCACCGUGGGAAGUCCAGUCUGUGCAAAGGUGCAAAGCCAAAGGAUUAAAAUGUUCGACUUUAACAGAUAAUGGUUGAUGGAAAUACAGUGUUAGUGCAGGUUGUUAAAAAAUCAGUAUACUGAGUAACCAUUUGGUGAACUUUUCAGGCACUUGAUAAUAUAUUCUACUCUUCUAUUGUCUCAAUUCUCUCUCUGUAACUUUCCCUCCCUUUUGAGGGAAAUUGGACAUCUGUUUAGCUGAUUGUACAUGGGUUCUGAAGAUUUAUACGAAAGGAAAAGUCACUACUAGGAUUUCGUUACUCACCCUGCACCGAAACAUUUUAAAAUGAUAUGUACCAACAAAACCUGAAUACUCUGACUUUUAAGACACCUUGACUUUCACAGACAUUAAAAACAAUGUUCAACAAUAAAUGGGCCGUUUUGAAAGCAGGCCUAAUGAAGAAUUUCUUCUCUCCAAUUGACUGUAUACGUAUUUGUAUGUGAGGUACACCUUCAGCCAUUUAUGAUUUGAAUUAUAAGUGAAAAUAAUAAUGUCCUGGGAUGGAAUUUUAUGCUUUCAUAGGUACUAUAUGUGGAUUUAUAAAGAAAUAAAGUAUUUUUAUCAAAA